UUCACACACAACCUGAUAAAUAUCACAGUUCAGUGUGUUUCAGAUCAAUCUGAGGGUUUUCAGACAUUUUAAGAGUUACUAUCGUGGGCUUUUCAGUGAACCGAUGAAGAAAAUGUUCCUCAAGUUAGUUUUGCUCUGUUUGUGGCGUCUGGAUGGAGUGUUUGGUGAAGUGAAGAGAGUGAUGGAGGGAGAUUCAGUCACUCUAAACUCUGAUCUUACUGAAAUGAAGGAUGAUGAUGUGAUUCAGUGGAGGUUUGGAAACACUUUAAUAGCUGAAAUCAAUGUAACGGCCGACAGAUUCACUGUAAAUGAUGAUGUUCUUGAUGGGAGAUUCAGAGACAGACUGAAGCUGGACAAUCAAACUGGAUCUCUGACCAUCACAAACACCACAAUGAAACACGCUGGAGUUUAUGAUCAAUUCCUAAAUGCAUUCGAUCUAAUAUUUUUUUCUUAUAUUCGUCUCAUUGUCUACGCUCGUCUGCCUGUUCCUGUCAUCAGCAGUAACUCUUCACAAUGUUCUUCAUCAUCAUCAUCAUCAUCAUGUUCAUUGGUGUGUUCAGUGGUGAAUGUGAGUCAUGUGACUCUCUCCUGGUACAAAGGAAACAGUUCAUUGUCCAGCAUCAGUGCGUCUGAUCUCAGCAUCAGUCUCUCUCUACCUCUGGAGGUGGAAUAUCAGGAUAAAAACACCUACAGCUGUGUGCUGAACAAUCCCAUCAGCCACCAGACUCAACAUCUGGACAUCACUCAACUCUGUCACACAUGUUCAGUCCACUGUUGUGGUCCUACUGAAGCUGUGAUCCGAUUGGUCCUCUCUGCUCUGGUGGGCGUGGCUACUGUCAUUCUUGUGCUUUAUGACAUCAGAUCCAGAAGAGCUGAAGGAGAUCAAGCACAUAUUCACACAUCAGGAAGUGCUUAAAUCUGAAGCAGAACGCUGAACUUUAAAGGUUCUUCAAGUGUGUUUUUGUCAUAAUAAAUACUGAUGAUUAUUUGA